UAAGCAGGGUUUGUUUUGAGCAUGCGUUGAAAUGCCACAGUGCCCGUGUGCCGUCUGUAUAUCCGUGUGUCGCUAUAUAAUAGGGAAAAAUCGUUCCACUUGUCUCCUGCUCAUCAUAUAAGCCAGUCUAGCCAGAAGACUCUGUCUUGUCGAAGGUGUUUAGUCAGAGAAAGUCGCUGUUUCUGUAUUUACCCUCAGUAGUGCUGAAGUAGGACACUCCAGGUACCGCGAAAGAACACAAGGGGAAAUUACAGAAAAAGGACAACGAUUUUUUUUCUUCCUGGAAAGUUUAACCCCUCCCACACAGAUGCUUCCGGCCGACCUGAUUGGUGGGAGUGAUGUGUGAACUAGAUGACCUGGCUGGCCAAUCAGCGGAGCAUGAGAGUGUACUGACAGCCAGAGCAGCAGUGUUCCUACCAGAGCGUGAGAGGAAGUGGAGGAGAGGAUCAGAGCCAGAGGGAGAGGAGGAGGAGGAGGACGAGGCAGAGGAGCAAAGGGGAGGAAUGGGUGUUGGUAAAAACACAACCUCCAAAUCCAUGGACUCCGCCGCAGAGCCUGGCAAAUAUGAGGAGGAGAACAAACACAGUGCACACUUCUAUCCCAUCCCAGUGGUUAAUGGUGUCGUGCAGACCCCUGGAGAUCAGGACGCAGAGGACACGCAGCUCAUGGCCAUUUACGCAAAAGACAGCCAGACUGAGGACAAAUGCUCCAUAUCAGAGACUGUGGACAGUGCAGACAGCAUUGACGCCAGGAGAAUGGACAUGAUAUACACCAUAGAGGACACACCACCUUGGUACCUGUGUGUGUUCCUAGGUUUACAGCACUAUCUUACCUGCUUCAGUGGAACUAUCGCUGUGCCCUUCCUGCUUGCUGAAGCCAUGUGUGUGGGAUUUGACCAAUGGGCAACUAGUCAGCUGAUUGGCACCAUUUUCUUUUGUGUGGGCAUCACCACCCUGCUGCAGACCACCCUUGGCUGCCGGCUUCCAUUGUUCCAGGCUAGUGCUUUUGCUUUUCUAGCCCCAGCAAGAGCCAUCCUUUCACUGGAUAAGUGGAAAUGUAACGCAACAGCUGUUCCUCUAUUAAAUGCCACCGAGCUGCCACACACAGAAGACAUCUGGUACCCCAGGAUACGAGAGAUCCAGGGUGCUAUAAUCGUCUCAUCUCUAAUAGAGGUGGUCAUAGGGGCCUUGGGUUUGCCAGGUGUCCUGUUGAAGUACAUCGGCCCGCUCACCAUCACCCCUACUGUCACUCUCAUUGGGCUCUCGGGCUUCCAGGCAGCUGGAGAGAGAGCAGGCAAACACUGGGGCAUUGCCAUGCUAACCAUAUUCCUGGUGCUGCUGUUCUCUCAGUAUGCGCGUAACAUCCAGUUGCCGCUCCCAAUCUACAAAUCCAAAAAAGGCUGGACGUCUUACCGCCUGCAGCUGUUCAAGAUGUUCCCAAUCAUCAUGGCGAUCCUUGUGUCAUGGUUUCUGUGUUUCAUCUUCACGGUGACUGAUGUAUUUCCUCCUGAGAAGGACAAAUAUGGGUUCUACGCCCGAACAGACGCCCGACAGGGCAUCCUGGCAGCCGCCCCCUGGUUUAAGAUACCCUACCCCUUCCAGUGGGGGUUGCCCACAGUGACAGCAGCAGGGGUGAUUGGGAUGCUGAGUGCUGUAGUUGCCAGCAUCAUAGAGUCCAUUGGAGACUAUUACGCCUGUGCCCGUCUUUCCUGUGCCCCGCCUCCACCUAUACAUGCCAUUAACAGAGGGAUCUUCAUGGAGGGUCUUUCCUGUGUUCUCGAUGGUAUAUUCGGGACAGGAAAUGGCUCCACAUCUUCUAGCCCCAAUAUUGGAGUGCUGGGGAUCACCAAAGUGGGGAGUAGGCGAGUAAUUCAGUAUGGCGCGGCACUGAUGCUGUUACUAGGAAUGGUGGGUAAAUUCAGUGCUCUCUUCGCAUCAUUGCCGGACCCAGUUCUGGGGGCGCUGUUCUGCACUCUGUUCGGCAUGAUCACCGCUGUUGGCCUUUCCAAUCUGCAAUUUGUGGAUCUCAACUCCUCCCGCAAUCUGUUUGUCCUUGGCUUCUCCAUCUUCUUUGGCCUGGUCCUGCCCAGCUACCUCAAAGAAAACCCUCUAGUGACUGGUAUAGUGCAGAUAGAUCAGGUGCUGAACGUUCUGCUUACGACUGCCAUGUUUGUAGGAGGUUCAGUGGCGUUUGUGCUGGAUAAUACUAUUCCUGGCACCCCGGAGGAAAGGGGCAUACGCAAGAUGAAUCGUGGAAACGGUGUAUCUAAACGGGAGAGAAUGGAGUCUUACGACCUUCCGUUUGGUAUGGACUUCCUGCGGCGCCAUCGCAUUUUCCAGUACCUCCCAAUCAGCCCAACAUUCACUGGCUACCGAUGGAGCAUCCUCACCAACAGAUGCCAUGAGCGCCACGACAGGAGAGAGGACGACAUGCCAACAAAGCCAGAACUGGGAGAAAGUGGGGUAUAGUGUUUAGCCCCGGUAGGUUUUUAGAUAGUAGUCGCAAUGCUCCAUUCCACCCAGUCAGUGCAAUCCGCAGUCCAGUCCUUUACUAAACAGCCAGCUAUAAACUCUUUUCAUCCCACAAUCCUUUAAAACCCUGUAUCGUUUGUGAUUGACUCAUCAAGUUUUUCAUCAACGCUAAAGUUGGUUUCUAGCUGUGAACACGGUUUCUAAAAACUUUGACAGCACAGCAGCUUCGGCAUUGAUCUGAAAGUGUCUCCAUGACAACCGCGAGUGGAUACAAUUCAGGUUGUACUUGUUCAUCUCUCUAUGUGUGGGAGCACAUGUGAACAGAGACUGAAAGAUCACUUUAUAUAAUCUACUGAAUUUCCAGUAUCAGUGUUCCUUUUUUUUUUUUUCGACCUGCACUGCUCCAUCUGCACAAAGCAUCCUUUUGAAGAUAAUUGGAUGUUUGAAUUAAAACGACGCACUAAUGAGUGCUCUCACACACUUUCACAUUCACAUCAGACGUGCUCACACUCGCAUUAUGCAUGGUGCAGUUCCGGAUCCAGUUAAAGCAAGAGGAUCGAUAAGGUUUACAUAGUGAUGCAAGGUUAUUGUGCUUUAUGUUUAAAUUGCAUUGCUUGAAUUAACGCACAAAAUGUAGUUAGCUUAUUUCUAAUUUAACUUCUAGAGUCUUGCUUCCAAAUCGUUAGUUAGCUGCUAUUUUGAUUAAAAGCUCAUAUCGAAAGGGGUGUUUCUUAUUAAAAACUGUUAUUUGACGCCUUGAAAUUGUAGUGAUUGCACGUUUUGGAGGCAGAUAGCUAUGCAGUAGGUAAAGUUAGAUGAAAAACGAAUGUACUGUCAGUGCAUGGUUUGCAAAAGAAUGAAGACUGGAAGGGAAAAACUUGAGAAUUGUUGCACUCAGGCAGUCCCAUUGUUUGAUAUAGGUGGCACUUCCUCACUGCUGUUCAAGUGAAUGUGGUUUAUAAUGUAGAUUCCCACAAGCACUGCAGAUUUAGUUUGUUUUUGAACACAGAGAGGGUGGGCGGCACUUAGUGGGCAUUUAUUUACAGGUUCUCCAGCUGUACAAAUCCUAUUAUACUGUAUUAUCACAAUCAAUAUCUAAUCCUUAAUAUUUAGUUGUAACUAUAAUUUCACAUUUCCCAUCUUUGGUUUACAUACAUUUUAUGAUCUUUACAGUAACAACAUGUACAAUACAAAGCAUUUUUUUUUUUUUUUUUUUUCAGUCAUGGAAUGAUGACUUCAGUGGCCCUCGUGAUUUAAUAGUGUGCGGUUGUGCUUUAACCUCUCAUAGGCUCAUAGUGUCAGAUCAAGAGUUUCUUUUGUUGAUUUGUAAUUUAUUUAUUUAUAUAUAUACUAUGUCUACUAUCUUUGUGCAAAUCUUUUGCUGCCUGUAAGCAGGACAUGGAAGAUGCAGUUCUCCACUCUAAGGUUUGAUUUGAAAUGCUGAAGGUGUAUGUGUGUGUGUGUGUGUGUUGCAGCUGAGAAAUUGCAGUUUUAUAUUACCACAUUCUUGACAUUUACAACAUAACUGGUGCUUCCUCAGUGAAUCAUUCCAACUAACAUGUUUGAGAUGUUUUUUUUUCCUCUUUCUAGCUGACCUGUAAUACAGCUUGAUGUUGGUUUGUUGGAUUUGUGUUGUAUUAGUCUUUAACCGAAACCCUAAUUAUGCAAGGACCAUUUCACUUGGUAACACAAUGUUAUAACUGUUACUUUGUUUUCAGCCUUAUUUACACAUUUAAAAAAAAAAAAACUUCUGUGAAUUACAGCAGGAAAGAACACAUCGCAGAGUGUUUUUAAUGUGUUUGAGAAUGUUUAAGUGACAGUGUUUGGGACCUAAAAGCCAGAUCUGAGUUCUGUAUAAUAAUUUACUUACUGCUUCAUCAACACUGCAGUAAUUGAGUAGAAUAAGAUCUACAGUUCAAAUCACUGAGUGUCAAAACACAAAUUAUGUCGUGAAGAAUUCAUUACUAUAACACUUUGUGUUCCUAAAAUACUCUUCUUCUAAAACAUUCAGCAUUUUAAAGUGUGUUAUAAUGAUUGUCUAAGAAUCCAAAGUAAAUGCAAGUGAGAAAGUGUGCAGUUUGCCACUAAAUCUUCUCCCAUUCACACCGAUAGUGCUUGCAGUGGUGUCAGUCCUCAUCUCCUUAAACUUUUAUCCUUAAAUAGUUUAGUGAAAUGUUAUUGUAUGACAUCUUAUGAAGACCUUUCACAUCCUGUGGUGUUUGUCUGUCAGUCAUAAAGGUUUCUACGGCAGUGACAUGCAUAAAUAUUUGUCAAGUGAUGGGGAUUACUGAAAAAAAAAACAGUAUAGCAAAAGUUGAUUUAUUGAUGCUAAAUAUGGUGUUUAAUAUGAGAACAUUUUGGAAAUACAAGCUCUUGUGCUGAAUUUCAGUAUCCACUGAGAUGUAAAGUGUGUGAUAGGUCUUAAUAACAUGGUGGCAUGUGAUUCAAAGAAAAACAGCCCUUCAGUUAUUUUGAAGGAGAUAUAUCUGAAGAAUAUACUUCGUUUCUCUGAACUGCAAUGUUUUUAAUGUUUUAUUGUUUUGUUUUUUUACACAUCAUUUUGUGUUUUUACGGACAAGAUGUUGGGAAAAAAAUGCUUAUCUUAAAUCAUCAUGCUGCAGAGCGCACCAAUUUGUUACAUUUUAUUUGAGUAAAACAAAUUCUCUUUUUUGUUGUCUUUUUUUUAUCUUUAGUUUGAUUGAAUAUUUUUGUUAACUAGACUGUUUUCAUAUUGUAUUUUUCUAACAUUACUUCCAUGUUAAAAGUAGUACAAAAAAAAAAUAGAAUGCAUAAUGCAUUGAGACUAUUAUAAAUAUAUGAAUAUAUAUAUUUAGGGCAGAAUGUGCUAUAUUCUUGGACCAGCCAUUGCAGCUCCUGUAAGUAGAAACAGCAGAAAUUGUUUUGUUCCAUGUCCCUAAAGAUAUUUAAUAAGAUGUUUCUGAGCAAAACAUAAUGUCUUUUGUCUUUUUGUAUGUGUGUGUGUUUGUGUGUGUAUCAAGGUUCCCCGAAUAAAACAGUAUAUAUCAAGUAUUUAAAAAGGAAAUAUUAUUCAUAAUAAUUAUAACUUAUUAUUAUAAAUAACAUUUUAUAAAUAAUUAUUUUCAUGAUUAUUCAAACAAAUCAAAUUACACUGUUGUCUAUUCCUGCAUCCUUGACUGUUUUCAGGAUCAGGCUAUAGCACAAAAUAAUAAAUAAUAAAACUUUCACAUUUCAAAUUAAUGAAAA